GAGGUGGGGGCUCGGAGCUGAACUGCUGCCGUGCAGAGUUAAGAUCAUUCUGAAACAGCAACGCGAAAGCACGUAGUAGUUUGCAAAGUGAUAGUAGCCGACGGCUCUUCUGCGGCUUGACUCCUUGGAUUUAUCUCCGGUUGCUGCGGAUGUUCUUCGGAAAAGUGUUCUGAACCUGUCCUUUCGGCAUUCCCACUGCACUUUGGCUCUCUAGCCUAAGAUCGGAGAGGAGACCUACGGGCGAAGGACCAUGUGGUGAAAAAGGAACUUGGAUUCGAAGGAAGCUGUUGGACUCUCUCUACCCUCCACGCGCGCAUUACUGGGAGGGAAAACCGUGCGCCUCGAAAAGGGUGGGGGGAGAAAAAAGAAAGCUCCACUUUGGCGGAAGGCAAGAGGGAACUGGCCGGAGAGCAACACCGGCAGAGCAAACUUGCUUCUCAAAUACUAUUCCCCCCCCCUUCCUCGAAGCCCUUCCGCCGCUUGCAGGCGACCCUCUUCGAGCUGCGUGGAUGCGGCGUGCAUUUGCAUUGCUGUAGACGGAGCGAAAGCAAUUGCAAAACCCGCUCGGUCUCCUUUUACCUGGCAGCCGAAGACUCCUCUUCCCCUCUGGAUUGCCUGUCUCUGAGCGCGUCGUUGCUCCUGCUCGGAGAAAAAACUGUGCUUUGCUUCAUGGACAAGUAGUUCGGGACGGGGGUGUAAGACACCCCCUUGAAUGUUCGUGCUUCGGGAGGAGAGGUGUUUGGGGGUCAGGCGCGUUGGAUUUCCUUCUGCGCGAGGAGAAGGGUGUUGUGAUCGCUCCGCAGCCUUCGCGGGAAAGGAAGACGCCGAAGAGUCUCCCCGGCCGCCCGGGAGCUGGCGAGCAAGGAUUGCGGGGAGUCGCAAGUCCUUUUCUCCGGCCCUUUGAGACUUAAUCGACACACGCUGCCCUAUGGAUCUAACCUAGCAGGGUGGUGCUUUCCCGCGGAUUUGCCGUUCAAAGACGAGGAAUUCUUGGGACAUUUUUCAAAAUAAAAGGUUUCACCCCCUUUUGACAAAUAUUUGCUUUAGGUGUCAUGGAAUUACAGUUAAAAAGUUAGCAGUGCUGAAUUUGAAUUUGGCUCGAUAUUGAAAUGUGGCUUUGACAGGAUUUCAGAUGCAUGCCAGGUUCCUGGUGAAUGCCAGAAGUAGAGAUCACUACAGAUGGAGUCACAAGGUCAGCAUGGCAGUGGCAGUUCAUUAGUUGUCCUUCAGCAGUCUUCUCUGGAUAGCCGGCAAAGGGUGGACUAUGAAAGAGAUGUUCAGCCUACUGCUGUCUUGUCACUUGAUCAGAUCAAGACUAUCAGGGGCAGCAACGAAUACACUGAAGGCCCGUCUGUGGUGAAAAAGCCUGCUCUGCGGACAGCUUCUCGACAAGAAAAAUACGAAAGGACUCAUGAAAUCAUACCAAUUAAUGUGAAUAAUAAUUAUGAGCAUAGGCCCAUCCACCUGGGACAUGUGCUGCAUCAGCACAAUGCAAGGGCUCCUGUGCUGAGCAGGUCGACGAGUACUGGGAGUGCUGCAAGUUCUGGAAGUAACAGCAGUGCGUCCUCGGAGCAGGGCCUGCUACUAAGGUCACCCCCAUCUAGGCCAGGGCCGGGCCACAGAUCUGAAAGGCCUAUCUGGAUGCAGCCGAAGCCGUCGUCUCUGAUUGUAGAUGACCUGAAGAGUUCCUUGAAAGAGGACCUGACACAGCACAAGUUUAUCUGUGAACAGUGUGGGAAGUGCAAAUGUGGAGAGUGCACAGCACCCAGGGCCUUGCCCUCCUGCUUAGCCUGCAACAGGCAGUGCUUGUGUUCAGCAGAGAGCAUGGUGGAAUAUAGCACCUGUAUGUGCCUGGUCAAAGGGAUCUUCUACCACUGUUCCAAUGAUGAUGAAGGGGACUCUUGUGCGGAUAAUCCUUGCUCAUGUUCCCAGUCACAUUGCUGGUCUAGGUACCUGUGCAUGGGAGCCAUGUCCUUGUUUUUGCCUUGCCUCCUUUGUUAUCCUCCUGCGAAAGGAUGCCUAAAACUGUGCAGAGGGUGUUAUGACCGGAUCAAUCGUCCAGGAUGCCGAUGCAAGAACUCCAACACAGUUUAUUGUAAGCUGGAAAGUUGCCCCUCAAGGGGUCAAGGCAAACCCUCCUGAUUUAUGGGGGGGAAAUGUUCAGUUCUUCAGACUGUCUUUCAGGUUGUGGCUGGCUUUUCUGUCUUCAUUCCCCCCUUCCCCAUUUUCUUACUUACAUGCACAAAUUAUUUUGUUCUCACACCAUAGCUUCUCUCAGCAAAGGCAAAUUUAGACAUUUCUUUGGUCUUUGGUAAGUAUGGUCCAUGGACUUGCAUCUAACAUCCCAAUUUGGCAAGUUGUCUUCAGGUUUGCAAAUAAUCCACUCAUGAAAGAAAUAAUGAGGGUGAGGUUUUCGGAAGUCUUUUGCUCUCCAAACAACUUUCCAAAGAUGCUGAUUUUGUUUGUUCUCUGCAACUCUAUUUUUAAACUAUUUUAAUGGCUUCCAAGUGAUUCUUUCUCAAAGUCUUUUUUUUUAAUGAAAGAGUUGGAUUAUGAAGCUUUAACAAAAGGAAAGAAAGCAUUUGUUAUAGUUGGGUUGGCACUUAGCAGACCUAAACUUGCCUUGUUCCUGAUUUACAACCAUCCUGCAUUUUGUUCUCACCUUGGCAGUCCUUUUAAAAUCCCCUUCCCCACCCCCCUGGCCUGCCUUCACUAGACGAAUCUGCACAUUGGAGAAGCUAUGGCUGCAGCUUUCCUCAUUGGUUUCCAUAAUUUUCAGAUAUGUUCAAUGUCCUAAGUUCUCACUUUUUCUCACGUCCCUUCUUUUGAUUGCUAAAGUUGUUGUUUUCUGCACAUCUGAGUAAUACUCUUCAGGUAUACAGUUUAAGUUGUGUAAACAUUCUUUGAUCUCUUAACACUUCUAUUAUUUCUGUGGUUUAAUGACAUUUAACUCAACUCUGUGCUCAAUAACUUUAAUCCUCUGUUUUUAUUGCCUUAGCCACAAAUCGUGGUGCUUUUUUGUACAUUUUAUGUAAAAACACAAAAGUUGAAUUCUGACUAUUUUUAAGACAAAGGUCUGUUAAAACUUUUUUAUUGUAAAGAAUAUUUAUUAUGUGAAUUUCUAUUAUUUUAUGAUAUUUAUUACAAAGGACUGUUCCAAAAAUGUACUCCUGUCUGAAUAUAACAAAAUACCAAUACUUAAUGAAAAUAAGGGUGACACGAAGAAAGUACAUAUGUUAAACUAUAAUGCAGAAAAUAUAAUAAUUAAUGAAAA